GCGUGGAACAGAGACACAAAAAGAGUGACGCUGAGAGAGGAGGACAUGACGGUGGAAAAGAUUUCUAAAAUAUUUCAGGUAACCAGCCAGAGCCUGUACCCCACUGACGAUACCAAUGUGGCAGUUUUCCCUGGAGUAGAGGGCCUCUUCAGUUCAUUCGACCUCAAGGACAAGGCUCAUUACGAAGUACACGGGGCCGGGGCUGUGCUGGAUUCAGGUGUUAACAUUGCUGCAGGGGCAUUACCUACUCCUUCCACAAGCGGCCAGUUUCGCUUCUCCAGGUUGGCUAGCUCAGCAAGCCCCUCAGUGCCACCCAGGGCUCAAUCCAUGAAAUACUUUACAAGGACUGUCAGUUUGGGAGAAGUACGGAGUGGAAAGCUUGUGAACAGCAGAAUGGUGGUUGUAAGAUUUACUGAGCAGGAGGCCAGUGUCCCAUCCAUGAUUGCCAAAGUAAAAGAUGCCUUAGGAAGCACUGAACAACUCAUUCUGACAGACCACAAUGGAGUGGAAAUAUUGGACUCAGAAGGAACAAUAGGCACCUUUUAUUGGAAGCAGAACGCGCGAAAAAUUAUGGCUAUACCAGAGGUUGAUUUCCAAGCUGUGCAACAAAAGAGGCGAAGAAUCUCACACAGAGAUGAUGAGGCUGGACUGGACAGUGUGUUCGAGAAGAUCGAGGAGCUUGUCCUGGCUGCUCAGGGUUUGUCUGAGGUGACAACUGCCAUUCAGGGACUCUCUGAUCUGGUCCAUCGAAACAGGAACACAACAUUGGUACUGACUGAAGAACAGUCCAGGAAUGUUAGGGAUACAUUCACUUGUCUGGUUUGCAGAGGAAUCAUGGACGAUCCAGUAUUUGCGGCAUGCUGCGGAAGUUUGGUUGGAUGCAGAUCCUGCACUACUGUGUGGCUUCAGACUUCCUCAAUGUGUUUGAAGUGUCGAGCAGAUAAUUUUUCGAUCAACAUUCACAGAGUCACUGGCCUUUUCUGGUGUCGUAAAUGUCAUGAAAGAGCUGGCACACGAAGAGUGCUGUAA